UUCAGUAAUUACACAUCAGUUGCAAGGUGCAGCGGGCGGUUGGAUGGGAGAUCAUAGUGAUGUCAGGGCAGGGAGGGCUUACCGCAGGAGAUAAGGCCAGCUAAUGGAGAUGAAAUGAAUCGGUAUUUAAAAGGUCUGGUUUAGUUAAGGCACUUUGCUGGCAGCAGAUUGGGCUCAAACUGGUUGGCUGGUCAGUUGGAUGCAGUUCAGUUAGAAGUGAAAGAGAGGAGGAGGACACUACGGUCCCGUCAGAGUUUGAAAGACUUGUUGUUAGAUUUACGGUUGUUUUUAAAUUGCUUCAACCUAAACUGGGCCAAAAUCUGAUCCAGAGUCUGCUCAUUGGUGGAAACUUAAAGAGAGCAUUCACGUGGAGGUUAAAGGUCUUUUGCAUGCCAUGACCCCACGGGAGCAGCUGAGGAAGAUGACUGCACUGGGUGAACAGGGGGCUAUGGAUGAGAAGCACUGGUAUCGACUGGUCAACGGGAUGUCAGCUGGAGAACUCAGGCAACGGCAGGAGCUUAUAAUGAGGAACCAGAUGGCCAUGGCACCACAGAUCCUCGCCCAGGGUCAACAGAGGUUACAGGGGGUCCCGACACAGUUUGAACCUCGUUUCAUGGAAAGAGAAUUGGUUCCUCCCGCUGAGAUGGUAUCAUCUGAAGCCAGACAGAUGCACCUCGGACCUCACCUUGGUCCAGCUCUACCCCCUCAUGCCAAUGUCCUGCCUGGGAGAGCGUUCCCUGGACCAGCUGGUUACAGCUUCUUGCCUUCAGAGCCCAUGGAAACAGUUGCCCGGCGACAGGAGCUCAUACACAAGCAAAAUAUAGCAAGAAUGGAGAUGAAUGCCAUCCUGCACCAGAAAGAGCUGGAGAACGCUCACCAGAAAGGGCUGAUGGGAAUUGAAAACUCUGUGUCGUACCCUUCUAACCCCAUGCUGUACCGAGGUCGUCAGCGCCUGCCAGACAGCCACGAUGUCUAUGUCCAUCGUCCUUCCCUGGACGAGCUACACUCCAACAGUAUUCUGAUGUCAGCCAGCCCCUACCCCCCAAUCAGCACACUGCACAGAGAGAGGGGUCGGAGGGCAGGGAGGAGGCCGAUUGUUCACAAGACAGCUGAAAACCAUGCAGUCAACCUGAAGGGCCAAACAGAGGACAAAAGUGUAGAGCAGAGUCCAGAAGCAACAUCUGGAGAGGAGAAGGAAAUGGAAGCUAAAGGGGACUUGGGAGAUGAGUGCACUGCUACUAAGACCCACCAUCAGGCCAAAAUAGACUCUGAAAUGGCUACAGGAGGCAGGAAGAACUACAAAGAGGGGGAGGUGGGCAUGCGAAAGGCCUGUACGACCAAUCAGGAGGGGUGUUCAGAUGUGACCAAUGGUGGAACAAAUGAUAAGGACAUGUCCAGCCAGUGUUCUGCCUUCCAGGAGAAAUUCAUGUAUCCUUCCACUGGUGCCACACUGACAGGGAUGCCUUACAUGUUCCCAGUUCCUGGAAAUGGUUUCCUUCCAGCUGGUCCAACAAACAUCUUUCUUAAUGGUGAUGAUGCUCCUGAAGACAUAAGAAAGUGGACAGUUAACGAUGUUUAUAACUUUGUAAACAGCAUUCCUACAUGUGCAGAAUACGCUCAGACGUUCAAAGAUCACAUGAUUGAUGGGGAGACACUGCCUCUGCUUUCAGAGGAGCACCUACUGGACACACUGGGACUCAAACUGGGACCAGCUCUGAAGAUACGCUCACAGGUGUCCAGACGAAUGGGCAGCAUGUUGUACAUGAUGAACCUACCGAUCUCCGGUGCCACCCUGCAGACCUCCUCUGAGAAGCCCGGGGACCGUUCCCCAGACAUCAGCUCACCUGUUAACUGCAACAGCGAGGAUUUGAUGGCAAGCCCAAGAGACCCUGAUGUAAUCAAAUCUGCUGAGCACCUUCAUGAGGCUGAAAACCAUUCACCUCCACCAGCCAGCAGUGAGACAGUCUGAUCACUGGUUAAAUAAAAUCGGAGCCAGGAACCGCCUGUCCCUUCAGGCCCAAUGAACUGUUUCAUGAGGAUUGGAUUUACUGGGUUGAAAAGGCUUUUUAAGUACUGUGACAAGUUGUCUACUACUCAUUUGUGUUUUUUUUAUAAAUGUACAUUUUUUUCAUAGAAUAAGAAGAAGAAACAAUCUUUUAUAUCAGGGAUUCCCAAAUUGGGGAUCUUUGCUGAGGGUAUAGCAAGAUUUUAUUAGUAAAAAUUACAUUUAUGUCCCAAUAACACACCCUAGAGUAUAAGUUAGAGCUCUGUAUGUCUGCAUAAAAAUGGUAAAUGAUCACAUUUAACGUGUGUAUGCAUGUAGGAGCUGGGGUUGGGGGGUCCUGGCUUGUCUUGGACACAAGCAAGAGGGCCCUCAAAGAAAUAAUGUUGGUAACCACUGUUUUAUUUAACGCUUCUCAAGAUAAAAAUCACGAGGCAAAUGAUAAAAACAAAAAAAUCCAUAAUACAAAAGAUUAAAAAAUAAUUAAAAUAUAUACAAUUGGAAAAAGUGAAAAAAUCGUGAUUAAAAAUGUGAGGAAAGGGAAAGAGAAAAUUCAUAAGAAAGAGGUAAUCAGUAGAUCCUAGGAAAGGCAGAAUUGGUAUAAAGAGCUGAAUGAGCAGAAAGCGGCAGUGAUGAAGAAUCAACCAAAGUCACACAAAAGCCAGCCUGAACAAGUGUUUUCAGCUGCUUUUUAAAAGGAGUCCACUGAGUCCACUGAUCUCAGGCUCAGGGGAGAGAGUUCCAGAGUCUGGGGGCCACAGCAGCAAAUGAUCUGUCACCUUUUAGCCUGGUGCGCUGCACAACCAGUAGGCUUUGGUCACUGGACCUCAGGGACCUGCUCGAAGUGUAGGGACUGAGAAGAUCACCAGUGUAUGAUGGUGUUUGUCCAUGUCAGACCCUGAAAACCAGAACCAGGAUCUUUAAAUGAACCCUGAAGUUGACUGGCAGGAGGAGAAGCGGGGUGAUGUGGGUGUGUUAGGAGGACUUGGUCAGAAGCCGAGCACAGGUAUUCUGAACCACCUGUAGACGGUUCAGGGAGGUUUUGUUCAGAUACAUGAAAAGCGAGUUGCAGUGUCGCGAGCGUGUACUUUUAUUGGUUCCGUUAGAACCUUAGAAUGCGCUGCGUUUUCAGGGAGGUUGAGGCCGCAGGUGAGUUUUAUCGUACUGACCCUGGUUUGGACUCCCUAAUUAGAACUCGUUUUCUAUUUUAAGGUGGAAUGAAGAUUGUCGUACUUGUUCUUCUGUGAUAACACACUUCCCUUUUAACUCUCCCGUUAUUUAAUGGUUUUAAAUACUAGGGCGGAAGUUCACUAGAGGCCAUCUAUGUGACUAUUAUUUGGGUCCUAUCAGUAUUAAUUUGCGCCUCCGUCAGCAAUGUGGGCGGUGGUAGCUAGAAAAUGAUUCCUGUUAGUUGAUCAGGCUAACAUGGAUUUAUCAAUUAAUCUAAUUAAUCCACCCUUUGAAAUGGUAACUUCCCACGCUAAACAGAGACUUUUUCAGUGCACAACAGAGCCUGUUUGAACCAUCGAACCAUUAUGAUCUAUAAUCCUUAGGGUGUCCCACUACCAAGGAGGAGGGGAGACUAGCUCCCAUUACCUAAGGUAUCUUUUCUUAAUCUGUCACAAACUGAAAACAAGUCCUGAAGCACAGGAACAAGCAAGUCAAGGUGGCUUACCUCUCCUUUAGGUCUGGUCGGGGCUCCCAACUCAAAAGGCUAAAAGAGCCUUUAAGAAUCGAGAACUAGGAUUCUGUUUCCAAAAACAAUUAUUUCAAAAUUAAAAAAUACAAAAAAGAGUAAAUAUAAGAUUAACAAUCCCCUUAGGAGGAUGCUGCUUCUAAAAAAUCUUUCUGAGAAUAACUGCUGCUACUUCGUCAACUUGUGUCAACUCUAACUGUCUAAGUCCAAGUCUCUCUCUCUCUCUAACUUCUCUCAUCGUCCUCCGACGACCUCUUCUAUCCCACCUCUACUCUCUUACUCUCUACCACUGCUCUGUCUCUCUUUAACUGCUCUUUUUAUAUCAUUCUAAAAAACUGCCAAGCCAAACAUUUUCCAUAGUGAAGCAAUAUCUCAACUAAUCAUGAGACAGCCUAAACAAUGUAAUCUUUUGCCAGUUACAUACAUCUUUUUAUCACAAGACAGUAAAACAAUGUGAUUAUUUGUCAGUUUCAUAUCUUAGUCAAACACAAGACAGCCAAACCCAUAUGAUGUUAUACUUGUAAGCUGGUCUCAGUCUCCACUCAAAGUCCAGAACUUUCCACAAAGGACUUUCAUUUCCUGAGAUGUCUCUUCAGGUGGCCUUCUUCGGUACCACCCCUUCUGCUGUUUCCUGUUCAGUUGGACCACUCCUCCUCAUCUUCUGCCUGAUUCCACUCGCACAAGCGAGCUCGAGCUCAUCUUUGCGCUCCUUCUGACCACCUCCAUUGUUUCUGGCAUGCGAGAGCUUGCAACAGCAGUAGUCUAAGCGUGAGGAGAUGAAGGAGUGGAUAACUGUCUCAAGUUCAGAGUGGGACAGAAUGGGACUCAGCUUCCUGAGCUGGAAGAAAGAAGAUGCGAACAAGAGAACUGACAUGAGAAACCAGGGAGAGAGCUGGGUCGAAGGUCACAACAAGAUUCCUGACAGAGGGUUUAGUGUGAGAAGCAAGCUGACCAAGAGAGUCUCUGACUUUGGGAACCAGCUUGUCUGUAUAAGCUCCCAGCCAUCCAGGUUUUGAUAGAGUCUAAGCAGGUGUGUAACAGCUGCAGCUUAGACAUCUCAUGGGGCUUAAAGGAGAUGUACAGUUGGGCUCAGGAUGUGCUGAAGAGGAAACAGAUAGAGGAGGAAAAGUAGAGACUCCACUACAGAACCUUUUGGGACACCAUGGGUGAGGGAGGUGGAGGAGGACCGAAACUUGGAGACGGCCACAGAGAAGGAGCGCUCACACAGAUAAGAGGAGAACCACUCUAGAGAGGAUCCUGAUAGGCCUACCCAGUCUCUCAGCCUCUCCAGUAGCAGGUGAUGGUCAACAGUGUUGAAGGCUGCCGUCAGGUCCAGCAGGACCAGAACAGAACAGUCCCCUGCAUCACUGUGAGUCAGAAGGUCAUUAGAGACCCUAAGAAGAGCUUUUUCAGUAGAAUGAGCUCUAUGAAAACCUGACUGAAAUCUAACAUAGAUGUCAUGUUCAUCAAGAGCAGUUGUGGGUUAAGCACAACAACUCAUACAAUGAAAUAAACCUAGUGUAUUGUAAAAAAGAAACACUGAAAUUAUUUAAGACACUUUUCCCAGUGCACACUGUAGAUUCAGUUUGAUUGAAAAUUUCCUAUUUUUCUUUAAUGCAGGAAAUGUGUUUUUAGAAAUAGUAAUGACUUUGACAAUUUUUUAAACCAAAAGCUGUAUUUAAAUACAUAUGUGAAUUGUAAAUUCAAGGUUUAGAUUUGUUUUAAU